UGUACUCCUUUUUCAGAGCUGUCCCCGCGUUAAUUAAGGAAAUGCUGGGAAAAGCUCUGGCGAGUCGUAUAAAACCUCCUUAGUCACGCCCAAAGUUCAAGAAAACUUUGAGAGCUCAAUGGAGAAUCCAUGUCCAUGGUGUUUUUCACCUUUGAGGUUGGGUUUCAUAUCAGAGUCGUCGUUGUUUGUAGGUGAAGUUUGAACACGUUUCGGUAUAAUUCAGUGGCGUGGUGAACGAACAAUCUAAUGCUCUUCCAUGUACACCAGAGGAGUAUUUGGUUUAUGGUCGCUUUGUGAUGGAGAACAACGGGGAAGCCGGAGACGAUCAAGGCUCGGGAUGGUUUCAAGUCAAAAAGAAGCACAAAACUAGCUCAAAGUUUUCAAUACAAAAUUUGGUAGGGGGGUUCUCUAGCAAAACCCCUUCGACUUCUCUGCACAGUCAGCCUUCAUUGAAUGAUAGAACUGGAAAUUCCCAAGCCAGGCAGAAAUCUGAGUCUUCUAAAGGCGGGGGAGAUGCUUCACUUCAUGUCCAAGUGGGCGGUGAAUAUUCUUUUUCUGCAUCCAAAGAAGCAGAGAAGACUGCACAUGACCUUGUUAAAUGUACCGCAAAUCAAGAUUCUGAACUUCCCAAACCAUCUUAUUUUAGAUCCAUAAGCACUACAAAUUCAAAUAAUCAAGAAGUUAUCCAAAAGGAAAAGCUGGAUAUGAUUCCCAAAAUUAAGUGGGGUGAUCUAGAGGAUGAUGCUCUGGUGCUGCAUCAUGAUAUUACAGAUAGAACUGAAAUCAAGUUUGGUGAUAUUGGGGUUGAUAAUUUGGCAGUGUGCAGAAAGUCAGUAAAUGCUAAUGAUUCAAUGUCAUCUGUUCCUUCUUGUACUGCUGCUCCCCCAGUGGAUGUAGAGGUGGUAACAUCCAUCGAUGCGGAGCAUGUUCCUUGUCAAACGAGUACAAUGAUUCAAAGGGAUAAACCUUUGGAGCACUAUAAAGAGCUGAAUGAGACAUCUUCAAAAAAUGUGGGAUCACCAAAAGCAGAUGAGAAAAUACUUGGUCCAAAUGAUGGUGUUGAAAAUAUAGAGGAAAUCAAUCACAAACAUGUCAUGCCCACUAGGGGUGCUGCCAUAGAUGGUUUGGAUUCAAAUGAUCUGUAUAGUCAAAACUCUCUUUCUUCAGCAAAUCAAGAGGUUGGGAUGGUGAUGACACCCAAAGGAGCUGAAAGCAAAUCUAAUGAUGAUGCUUUAAAUGUUUCUGCAGUGCCAGUGGCAAAUGGGCUUCCAUGCAUUAUUGUGGGUACCCAAGAUCCAGUCUUACUUUCAGAAGAAAAAAAUGUUCCUGAAACUUCAGAUGAUGCUUUGGUCAGAGAAGCUGUUGAAGGCUGCAGUUCCAAGCAGGAUGGUGCAAUAGAUGUUGAUCUGUCACAGGCCCAGAUAAUGACUGCCCUUGGGGAAGGUGAAUUGGGUGAAAGCAGAGAAAGGUUUAGGCAGCGGCUUUGGUGCUUUCUCUUUGAGAAUCUUAAUAGAGCUGUGGAUGAACUUUAUCUUCUCUGUGAAUUGGAAUGCGAUUUGGAACAGAUGAAAGAAGCUAUUCUUGUUCUUGAAGAAGCUACAUCAGAUUUUAAAGAGCUGAAAUCUAGAGUGGAAGGAUUUGAGAAGGGGUCUUCCCCUCGGCUAUCAAUUGAUGGGAGGCCAGUAAAUGUUAAGUCUGAGCACCGCCGUCCACACGCUCUCUCUUGGGAGGUUCGGAGAAUGACUACUUCGCCUCACAGAGCAGAAAUACUAUCUUCAUCUCUUGAGGCAUUCAAGAAAAUUCAACAAGAAAGAGCAAGAAUGGCUUCUGUACAUGAUACAAAAACACCAGGUCCUGGAUGUCUAAAUGCCUGCCAUGUUUCUAGUGAUCAUCCAAAUAAGACAUCUGGGAGAAAUGAUGUCAUACCAAGUUCUAAAGAAUCAGUAAUGAAAUCAAGGAAGCAAAUUGGCGUUCCAGAUUUCAGCCACGGAAACUUGUGUGGAGAGAAGCAGAAUAUAGAAACAGGCAGGUUGAACAAAGAGUAUUUAGAACAAAAUAGCCAUACCCUUCUGCAGAAUUUAUCUGUCUCUGAUCCUAAUUCAUCUCAAGUGACUUUGAAGGAGACCCCUGUUUCUUCUGUUGCUGGAAAGAGCAGGAAAGAACACACUGCACCAGUUUCUGAAAUGGAGAAGUUGGUGCCUAAGAAGGAUAAAUUGUUGACUGAAAGUAAGGUUGAGAAGAAUCCCAAGUCCAUGGACUCCCUGAAAAAGCAAGCUCUGCUCUCUGAGAAAGAAAAGGAUAAAAGAAAUGUAGCAUCAUGGAAAUGCAUGGAUGCUUGGAAGGAGAAGAGAAAUUGGGAGGACAUACUUGCAACUCCAUUGCGCAGCUCUUCUCGUGUUUCACAUUCACCAGGCAUGAGCAGGAAAAGUAUGGACCGUGCCCGCAUUUUACAUGACAAACUAAUGUCUCCAGAAAAGAAAAAGAAGACUGCUUUGGAUCUAAAAAAGGAAGCAGAAGAAAAGCAUGCACGAGCAAUGAAGAUUAGAAGUGAGUUGGAGAAUGAAAGGGUGCAAAGGCUACAGCGUACAUCAGAGAAGUUGAACCGUGUUAAUGAAUGGCAGGCUGUUCGAAACAUGAAAUUGAGAGAGGGAAUGUAUGCUCGACAGCAACGUAGUGAAUCCCGACAUGAAGCUUAUCUGGCUCAAGUUGUGCGAAGAGCUGGUGAUGAAAGCAGCAAGGUUAAUGAGGUGCGAUUCAUUACUUCCUUGAAUGAAGAGAAUAAAAAGCUUAUGCUUCGCCAGAAACUUCAUGAUUCAGAACUGAGGAGAGCAGAAAAGCUACAAGUGAUGAAGAUUAAGCAGAAAGAGGAUAUGGCAAGAGAAGAAGCUGUGUUAGAACGUCGGAAACUCCUUGAAGCUGAAAAACUGCAGCGUCUUGCUGAGACACAGAGAAAGAAGGAAGAAGCUCAAGUAAGAAGAGAAGAAGAACGCAAAGCUUCAAGUGCAGCACGUGAGGCAAAGGCUGUAGAACAACUACGUAGAAAGGAAGUUAGAGCCAAAGCUCAACAAGAGGAAGCUGAACUAUUAGCCCAAAAGUUAGCUGAGAGACUUAGUGAAAGUGAACAACGUCGAAAAUUCUACCUAGAGCAAAUACGGGAAAGAGCUUCAAUGGAUUUCAGAGACCAAUCUUCUCCUUUACUGCGCCGUUCUUCAAACAAAGAGGGCCAGGGUAGGUCUAUGUCAAACAGCAACAGUGAAGAUCAUCAAGCAAACAACACUUCUAGUUUAGGAGUUUCUGCUCUGCAGAGUGACAAUGCUGCACUACAGCAUCCACUGAAGCGAAGAAUUAAAAAGAUUCGGCAAAGACUUAUGGCUCUGAAAUAUGAAUUUAUAGAACCUCCAGCUGGUUCUGAGUGCACAGGUAUUGGAAAUAGAGCCCUUGUGGGAACUGCAAGGGCAAAACUUGGAAGAUGGCUUCAGGAACUUCAAAGACUUAGACAAGCCAGAAAAGGAGCUGCAAGCAUAGGAUUAAUAGUUGGAGAUAUGAUCAAGUUUUUGGACGGAAAGGACUCUGAGCUUCAUGUAUCACGCCAAGCUGGUUUGCUUGAUUUCAUUGCUUCUGCACUGCCUGCUUCUCACAUAUCAAGGCCUGAAGCUUGCCAGGUGACAACAUAUCUCUUAAGACUCCUGCGGGUGGUUCUGGUUCUGCCUGCCAACAGGAGUUAUUUUCUUGCACAGAAUCUAUUGCCUCCGAUUAUCCCCAUGCUGUCUGCAGCUCUUGAGAAUUAUAUCAAGAUUGCAGCAGCUUUAAAUGUUACUGGAAGUGCUAAUUCAUUGUCCAAUAAAAUGUCAACGGAUAAUUUUGAAUCAAUUUCUGAAGUACUGGAGGGCUUCUUGUGGACUGCCACAGCAAUUAUUGGAUAUAUUGCCUCUGAUGAACGACAACUCCAAAUGCAAGAUGGUCUUGUGGAGCUUGUGGUUGCUUAUCAAAUUAUUCACCGGCUUCGUGAUCUUUUUGCUCUCUAUGAUAGGCCCCAGGUGGAAGGAUCUCCAUUUCCUUCAUCUAUUCUCUUAAGUUUAAAUCUUUUGGCUGUUUUAACAUCCAGAACAAGAACAAUUUCUUCUAUCAAUUGGGAUUCUUUUCCAUCCAAAAUGACACCAGUGGAUGAAUCUUUAGAAGCUAAGCCUGCACCAUCUGCAGAUCCUAUGGGUUCCACUGAAAGCAUAGCCAAUGGAGAUUCUGGUUUGAUUCCAUCUCUUGUAAACACACAUGCAGAGACACAUCUUUUGGAAGUACACGAGGACAGACCAUUGGAUGUAUCAUGCAGCACAAGCAGACAGGAUGAGUCAUCAUCUGGUGUAAGGGAUUUUUCUACAGAGAUGACUGAUAUUCCAGUUGAGAUGAAUAAUGUUCACUUUGCUUCCAAAGUCCAUGUGACAAAUAUUCCAGCUGUAUCCCGCAAAGGUUUGAUUGAAGGACAAGCAAAUUCACCUCCUAAGGAUGAGAAGAGUUUGGUGGAUAAUGGUACAGAACACAAGAAUGAAGACAUUCAGGGCUCUAAGCAGCUUGUAGCACUUCUUCUCUCUGUUAUAUCUGAGACUGGCCUAGUCAGUCUUCCUUCACUCUUGACAGCAGUUCUGUUACAGGCAAACAGCAGAUUGUCCUCCGAGCAGGCAUCUUAUGUUCUUCCAUCAAAUUUCGAAGAAGUGGCUACUGGAGUAUUAAAAGUGUUGAACAAUCUAGCUCUGUUGGAUAUUACUUUUAUGCAGCGAAUGCUAGCCAGACCAGACCUAAAAAUGGAAUUCUUCCACUUAAUGAGUUUCCUCCUUUCUCAUUGUACAAGCAAGUGGAAAACAGCAACUGAUCAGUUGGGUCUGCUUCUGCUUGAAUCUCUACUACUCCUUGGCUACUUUGCUUUGUUCCACCCUGAAAAUCAAGCUGUCCUUCGAUGGGGCAAAAGUCCAACCAUCCUUCACAAGGUCUGUGAUCUGCCAUUUGUGUUCUUUAGUGAUCCUGAGUUGAUGCCCAUCUUGGCCAGCACCUUAGUAGCUGCCUGCUAUGGAUGUGAGCAGAACAAAGGUGUAGUUCAGCAAGAACUCAGUACAGAAAUGUUGCUGUCCUUAAUUAGAUCAUGCAGAACUGGGUCUGCCAAUCAGUCUGAUCCAUCGCCAACAGACUAUCCCACCACAGAAGAUCCAUGUGAAACUAACCAGUUGGGUUCUGAUUCUAAAAAGCUUCAAGGUGAAUUCUCUCUCAGAUCUAGCCGUUACAAUCCAAGAAGCACUAGGGUUCCUUUGGGAAGGAAUGGCUCCUUGGGUAGCACUAGAAUCAGCAAGGUGAGAAACCAAAGGGAUGGAAAAGCAACAAUAAAAACUUGUGAAGAAUGGGCCCUCAAGCACAACAUGCCAGCUUCAGAGGCGGCUUCUACUUUCAUGUUGCACAGUAGGUUGCCUAGCAGCUUUAUUGACAAGGCAGAGGCAUUCUUUUCAGUAGAUUUGCCAAAGUGUGUGUGGUGAAGAAUUAAUUGGCUAAUUCAAAGCUCUUUGAUCUAACAUCAUUUCAAGUUACAAAGUUGUGCUUUGUAGUGUACUUCGGGAUGUUGGCAUCAUGACGGAUGAUCAUUCAGAUGCUAAGUUUGCAUUCUUCUUAUAGAAACUACUCAAGAUUGGCUUUAUUGCUUUCAAUCUACCGAGUAGCAGAAGCUUUAGUUGGCACAACUGAGAGUAUUUUCUUGACAGUGGUGGAUGAAGUGAUUUUUGCGAUCUGUGCCAGCCAGUUUUUGUUGAAGCAAUUGUACAGCUACCACACUUAAAAAUAGACAGGGAGCCAUACUUAGAAUAAAAUGCUGGCAAUGAACUCUUUGAAGUUGUCAGUAUUGGAGCUUUGAAACCCUAAAGAAAUGGGGUUCUGUAUAUUACAGGGUAAAUUUGAUCAACCACAGGCUAAAGUCCAUGGGAGUUACUUUAAUCCACUUUUUCCUCUAUCUUUUGUUUUGGUGAUGUUAUUCCCAGAUGAUUAAAAUACACAAUACUGGGCGUGUUUUUAUGCCUUGUACUUGUUUUUCACCAAAACAGGCUCAAAUCUUGUAUUCUUACUCAUUAUUGAUAAUCUAACGCAAGUGCAUUAUUUUAUGCUAGGAUUA